CUCUAGGUUCUUCGCCUCGCCGGCUCCGAUCCGCGUUUUCAUCCGAGUGCCGGCUCCACCUCGUAACCACGCUGGCCCCGACUCCUCCGAGCCGUCGUUUGCCGCUCCCGGGCUGUGCGCUCUGGUCCACGGUCACAGAGCGGCCUGCCUGUCUACGUGUAAACCAGCGAGCGCGCCUGCAGACCGAGGGCGCUCACAAUCUGUCGGUCCCCUUCUCCUGGGGAAAGGGCCCGGGCAAUCCCCGUGCCGGCCCUGGCUCUCCUGCAGCCUGGUUUGCUUGCUGGCUUGCUUGCUGAGCAACCCUUGCAGGACACCCGAGGCUCCCCAGCUCUGGGUGCAUCCCAUGCUGCGCAGCCGCGGCUCCGGAAACUGCAGCCGAGCACAUUUAGUGCACUUUGAAGAGCGGCUUUUCUGUUAACCCCAGGGCCCUUUGGCCGUCUCCUUGGUGAUACUAGCGGUAGCCUCCGUGACCCUAGGUGGCCUUGCACGGGGCUCCGCGUCUCGCCUCCACACCACCCAUUGUGUCUCCGGAGCCACCGUCACCCCUGUGCGCUGGUCUCUCCGCAGACCGUCAGAAGCCGAGGCGAGGCGAUGCUCUCCGGCACCGGGGCGGCGGCCGCGGAAUGCGACGACGCGGAGCUGCGGUGCCGCGUGGCGGUGGAGGAGCUAAGUCCGGGUGGCCAGCCGCGAAGGCGCCAGGCCCUGCGCACCGCGGAGCUGAGCCUGGGCCGUAACGAGCGCCGCGAGCUGAUGCUGCGGCUGCAGGCCCCGGGGCCAGCCGGGCGGCCGCGCUGCUUCCCGCUGCGCGCCGCGCGCCUCUUCACGCGCUUCGCCGCCGCGGGGCGCUCCACGCUGCGGCUGCCGGCCGCCUGCGCCCCGCGCCCGGGCGCCGUGCAGCUGCUGCUCUCCGACUGCCCGCCCGACCGCCUGCGCCGCUUUCUGCGCACGCUGCGCCUCAAGCUCGCCACGGCCCCGGGGCCCGGACCGGCCUCUGCCCGCGCGCAGCUGCUCGGCCCGCGGCCCCGAGACUUCGUCACCGUCAGCCCCGUGCAGCCCGAGGAGCUGCAGCGCGUGGCGGCGCCCCGGGGGCCAGACGCUCUGGAGAAGCAGCCUGAGGAGCCGGGGAGGAGCGCCAGGCCCACCACGGACGCCCCAAGGUGGCCGCUGCCUGUGAAGAGGCUGAACUUGCCGCCUGCCAAGCCGCGGCUCUCGGAGGAGCAGGCUGCCGUGCUGGGGGCCGUCCUGCGAGGCCAGAGUGUCUUCUUCACCGGAAGUGCAGGGACAGGGAAGUCAUACCUGCUGAAGCGUAUCCUGGGCUCCCUGCCCCCCACAGGCACUGUGACCACUGCCAGCACCGGGGUGGCAGCCUGCCAUAUCGGGGGCACCACCCUCCACGCCUUUGCAGGCAUCGGCUCAGGCCAGGCUCCCCUGGCCCAGUGUGUGGCCCUGGCCCAGCGGCCAGGGGUGCGGCAGGGCUGGCUGAGCUGCCAGCGGCUGGUCAUUGACGAGAUCUCCAUGGUGGAGGCGGACCUGUUCGACAAGCUGGAGGCCGUGGCCAGAGCUGUGCGGCAGCAGAACAAGCCAUUUGGAGGGAUCCAGCUCAUCAUCUGUGGGGACUUCCUGCAGCUGCCACCGGUGACCAAGGGCUCCCAGCCCCCACGCUUCUGCUUCCAGGCCAAAAGCUGGAGGCGGUGUGUGCCCGUGACCCUGGAGCUGACAGAGGUGUGGAGGCAGACAGACCAGACCUUCAUCUCUCUGCUGCAGGCUGUGAGGCUGGGCAGGUGCUCGGAUGAGGUGACCCGCCAGCUCCGGGCCACAGCCACCCACAAGGUGGGGCGGGACGGAAUCGUGGCUACAAGGCUGUGCACUCACCAGGAUGACGUGGCCCUCACCAAUGAGAAGCGGCUGCAGGAGCUGCCAGGUGAGAUACACAGCUUUGAGGCUAUGGACAGUGACCCUGAGCUAGCCCAGACCUUGGAUUCCCAGUGUCCCGUCGGCCGACUUCUGCAGCUAAAGCAGGGGGCCCAGGUGAUGCUGGUGAAGAACCUAGCGGUGUCACGGGGCCUGGUGAAUGGCGCCCGAGGGGUGGUGGUAGGGUUCGAGGCCGAAGGGAGAGGGCUGCCCCAGGUGCGGUUCCUGUGCGGGGUCACUGAGGUCAUCCAUGUGGACCGCUGGACGGUGAACGGCACAGGGGGCCAGGUCCUCAGCCGGAAGCAGCUGCCCCUCCAGCUAGCCUGGGCACUGUCCAUCCACAAGAGCCAGGGCAUGUCUCUGGACUGCGUGGAGAUCUCCCUGGGCCGUGUGUUUGCCAGUGGCCAGGCCUACGUGGCCCUCUCCCGGGCCCGCAGCCUGCAGGGCCUUCGCGUCCUUGACUUUGACCCCACGGUGGUUCGCUGUGACCCCCGCGUGCUGCACUUCUACGCCACCCUGCGGCAGGCCAAGGGCCUCAGUCUGGAGUCCCCAAGUGACAAUGAGGCUGCCUCCGACCAGGAGAACAUGGAUCCAGGCCUCUGAGCCUUGACUACAAAGAGAAGGCAAAGGCUGGUGCCCACCGUCCUGCUCCCUCGUGGGCCAGGACCCCGCGGAGUAAAGGGGAGGGAGGCAGUGUCUCUCCUCCUCCUCCCUGAGCUCCCAGCCUCCUGAUGGCGUACAGGAACCGGCUGGGUGGCGAUUGCUGCCCUCUUGGCAGCCGGUGAGCUCUUGGCAGGCUCAGAAGUCACCAUUUCUGUGCCAGCUGGUGUCAGAGGCCAGAGCUCUGGGCAGGGGCCACACAUACAGCCAGAGUCCAGCAGCUUUGGGCUGCAGGGGGACCGGCAGUGAAGACUAGUGCUCCAGGAGCAGCAUCAGGCCUCUCCACUAGGGGGCCCCCUGGGGGCCUGAGGCCAGGAACUGGCCCAGGGCAACUGAAGGGAAGUUGAGAGUAUCCCUGGGCCAGGCUCCGCCUCGCACCCCUGGGAACAUAGCGCUGGCGGUGCCCAGCCUGGGGACAGCCGCAGUAGAAGGCGCAUCCAUAUUUCAAGCUGCUUUUUCGGGAGAGCAAUGGUGUCUGGGAUCAUGGACAUGGACGCUCUCAGGUUUAUUUAUUUAGAACUAAUAAAUGUGUGAAUUG